AUUUUUACAGCUUGUGGUGCAGCUCGUAAUACUGGAUAUUAACUCAGUUUUCCGCAUCGCCUUACAGACCUUUCUGUUCCGUAUCAUCUAUAUCAGAGAUCUCGAUGCGUUCCUCCCGUUAGGAAUUCGGGUGACUAAUUUGCACCAAUAUGAAGCUUAUUACGACAGCUGUGUUUGCAGUACUUACAGGCGUGCAGUGGACUGUUUCGGUAAAUGUGGCUAUCAAUUGUUCCGCCAACGAAUUCCAGUGUAACCUUCAACAAGAACUGAAUUCAUGUAUCAACCGCAAGUGGGUGUGCGAUGGGAAUCCAGACUGCGUGGAUGGGCAAGAUGAAAAACAACCAGGAUGUCCACCAAUAGCCCCGUGUGGCCCUGGUCAGUAUCAAUGUGCAAACGGGCUAUGCAUUUCAUCUCUUCAGGAAUGUGACCACGAAAACGACUGUGGCGAUCGGUCCGAUGAGCACAAAGGGUGCAUCUACAGUCCGUGUGAAGUAAAUGAAGGCAGGUGUUCUUCUGGAAGCUGUAUACCGUCCCGAUGGUUGUGUGACGGUGAUAACGACUGCCGCGAUGGAAGUGACGAGAGAAAUUGUACCACUUCGAAAUGCAACGACAGUAGUUCGUUUCAGUGCAGUACUGGCGAAUGUAUGCCAUUAUCUGCUGUAUGCAACAAGUUGAAAGACUGCAAAGAUGCCAGUGACGAGAUUGCAUGUGAGAACCAAUGUCUGAAUUCAACGAAUCAUCAAUGCAGCCAUAUUUGUGUUAACAUGCCCGCCAGGGUUUUAGCAGCAUAUAGAUGCGCUUGCAAUUCAGGUUAUGCGCUCUUGCCUGACGGCAAAGGAUGCCGGGAUAUAAACGAGUGUUUUGAACUUCCGGGUGCCUGUGAUCAGUAUUGCUAUAACACACCAGGGUCCUACAAAUGCUCAUGUAACACCACCUUCUAUACACAAACCGGGCCGACGUCUUGCAAACGUUUGGGCAACGAGGAAACGUGGCUGUUGUUCAGUGAUGACAUGUUCCUGAGUAAAAUCAGCACCAAUGAGAAUCGGUCGCUUUUAACUAUCAAAAAUAAUAUUAUACGGGAGCCAAGCGGAUUCGAUGUAGCCAUUGCAAAGGGCACGGUGUACUUUAUGGUCAGAAAGGAAGGACGGAUUUCAAAGGUGAAUAUUACAAAACUUGAUGGAGUUGACAGACGAGAGGAUAUCCUGUUCCACAAACCGAACAGCGUGGAUUAUGUGGCUGUUGACUGGGUCACGGAAAAGAUUUACUGGACGAAUAACAACGAGAAAACCCUGGAAGUAGCACAGACGGACGGGACCUUAAGAAACAUUUUGCUGCGGUAUGGGUUGGAUAAACCUCGAGCGAUUGCCGUGCAUCCGGGUAUUGGGUAUGUUUAUCUGACGGACUGGGGGAACAUCCCGUUUAUUGCAAGAAUCGGCAUGGAUGGCACAAUGUUCGAGCGCAUCAUCGCCUCAAAGCUGGUUUGGCCAAAUGCUUUAACUAUUGACUACAUUGGAGAAAGGAUCAUAUGGGGCGACUCACAACUGCAUGCCAUCGAAAUGGCUCAGCUCGAUGGAAAAAAUCGAAUCAAGAUAUUACCUGUAUCGGAUGUCGUAUCACUGGCGGUUUUUGAAGGAUGGGUGUACUGGAGCGAUCGAGAUUUAAAAGCUAUAAUGAAAGCUCAAAUGUUUGUGGACACCAAAGGGACAAUGAUCCAGCAAAGUGCCCGUUUUAAACCAGAAAUAAAGAUCUGGAACACAAUCCAUCAACCAAAUUAUACCAACCCCUGUGUGAAAAACGGUGGAUGUUCGCACCUUUGCCUGAUAUCCCCCAAAUUCACCGCUUACGCCCCACCCACUUAUAGAUGCUUAUGCCCAAAAGGCUUCAAGUUGCAGCCUGACAAUCAUACAUGCACCGCCAAUUGUUACGCCAAUCAGUUCCAGUGCGGCAAGCCAGAUGAAAAAUGCAUCGAUAAGCUUUGGGAAUGUGAUGGAGAAAAAGACUGUAAAGACGGCUCUGAUGAGGGUGCGCGCUGUCCAGCACGGUUUUGUGAAGCUGGAAGAUUGCAGUGCAAUCAGCGUUUUUGUGUCAAUGCGUCGGACAUCUGUGAUGGUACAGACGAUUGUGGAGAUGGCUCGGACGAGAUGCUAUGCGAUUUACCGUGUGAGGAAGGACAAUUUAAGUGCAAAACUGGGAACUGCAUUUCCGACAGAGUAGUAUGUAACGGUAAAAACAACUGUGGAGACAACAGUGACGAAAUCCUAAGCCUAUGCAAAGCAAAAAUUUGCGAUGCCGUGACGGAGUUUAAGUGCCGAGCGAAUGGUCGCUGUAUUCCGGCGACAUGGUACUGUGAUGGAGAUUAUGAUUGUUCCGAUGGAUCGGACGAACCACGCAUCGUCUGUGGUCAACGAGGCUGCUCGCCGGGCUGGAGCCGUUGUCUUGGAACGCCCUCAAGUUACAAAUGCGUGUCGAAAAGUGUCUUCUGCGACGGAAGAAGAGAUUGCCCGAGUGGUUGGGAUGAACUACCUGAACGGUGUCCGGAUUGCACGGAAUCAGUAAUCAAUGUCUCGAUGUCUGUGCGAUUUCGGUGUGCCAAUAAAAGUGUAUCGUUCGACGUUUCGUCUGCAACUCAAUAAAUGAUUGUGGCGACGGCUCUGACGAAACUCCAGAGUUAUGCAAUAAACGCGUCAUCGGACAAGCCAAUUCCACCGUUUUGCGUUGUGGCAACACCAAUCAAUUCAGAUGCAAUAGUACUAAAGCUUGUGUUCCAAUGGAAUCCAUUUGCGACGGUGUUACUGAUUGUCUGGA